GCGAUCAACCAUUCGGUAACUAAAUAACCAUAACAAAUGGAAUCUAUAACCUUGAAAAACUUUAUUUAUUUACCGGUUAUGGAUUUGUUUUGAUUUUUUGACAGUACUGAUUCGUAUCUACCUACCCUGCUGCACCUAGUGGAUUGUUGAUAAUCGCAACUAGGAAAAACAAUUAUAUAAGGUUAAUAGAGAAUAAAUAAUAAAGGUUUCUAUUCUCCAUAAGCCAUAAUAUGUGUGUCUUAUUGACAGAUAAAAUAUGGUAAAGUAUUCUUGUUUCCCACAAAGAAAAAGAAAGGUGUUAUAACUGACAACUCUAAUAACAUAAGUAUAUUUAUAAUCAAUGAUUGAACAUGCUCUAAAGUUUGGUUUGGAACUAUAUAAAAUAAUAAAUGUUUUAACAAAGAAUAUUAAAUGGCCACAGCCGAUAUAAUUUUUGUUGUUAACCGUGAUUGUUGGUGUUCGUUACUUAUGUUUCUGAUUACUGUGUAGAAUGAAAUUUUCUUCGAUUUAUCUAAUAAAAUGGAUCAAGUAAACCUUGAACUUUUUCCCGAAGAACAACAUUGUACCAAUGGAAAUGAGGAGUAUGAUACUGACGAAAAUGAACGACCCUCUGGUGAAAGAUGGCCACCAGUUGGGGCUAAUGAUGAUGUUGAUGAUGAAUUCAACAGUGAAUGCAAAUAUACCGAUAAUUUGGAAAAACUUAAAAUAUUAGAAGAGGAACAAGAUGUGCUCAAUUCAUCACUAAUUGCAUUAACAACACAUUUUGCUCAGGUUCAAUUUCGUCUUCGCCAAAUAGUUGAUGCUCCCAGUGAUCAAAAAGAAAAUUUACUAAAAGAAUUAGAAGAAUUUGCAUUUCGAGGAAUUCCAGAUGUUUCAAGCAUUUUACUAUGUAAAUCUGAAGCUAACACAGCUCUUGUACCAUCAACAGAUAGUUCAUUACAUAUAAGUAAUGAUGAGUGUACUGACAUUGGAUUGGAAUCUAAAAUUGCACAGCGAAAACUUAAACAAAAAGAGUUGAUAGAACAAUUAAAAACCCAACUAGAAGAUUUGGAGCGAUAUGCUUAUGAAACUGAUGGUCAAGAUCUACCGCAAAGCGUUAUAUUAGAACGGCAAAAUUUGUUGAUAAAUCAUCUUAAAGAAAAACUUAAUUUUGAAAUUGAUGAUUUAUGUAAGUUAUCUGUUGAUGAUUUGAGAUGGCAAGUUGAUCAUGCAAUAAAUGAGAUCGUCAAUCCGUUGAAAAUGAAGGAACAGCUAGUAAAUCAAUUGAAAACUCAAGUGUCAGAUUUAGAACGGUUCAUUCAUUAUCUACAGGGAGAAGUUAGCACAGAAGCAUACGCUUGCACUUGUACAUGUCCAGUUCAUACAAAUAGUGCAAAAUUAUCUGCUAAAAAAUCUAGAAAACCAUUCCCUCAAGAACAUGCAAGUGAUGGCAAUCAUACAAAAACACUUAAUACUGUGAGAAAAGUUAUAACACUGUUACAUCUUUAUCUAAUGUCACAAUUGGGUUGUGGCAGAGACAGAGUUCGACGUAAUAUUGAUAAAAACUCUGAUAUUCCCGUAUGGCGAGAUAUGAGAGCUCGAUUGGAUGCAGCCAUAGAAGAUGUAUUACAAAAUGUUGCAGCGAUGGAACGUCAUUUUGAAGACGAAGAUUACAAUAGUCACACUUCUGAUUUAGAUUUAUCUAAAGCACAGUUCAAUGCGCGAAUUACAGCAUCAGUGAGAAAACAUUUAGCCAUUUGUAUAAGAGAUUUGAUUCAACAUGGAUUGACCUCUGAUGUUCGUGCUAGUAACAGUGUUGUACCUUUUGUUGGCUGUUUUCCACAGAAAAAAUCAGUAUCUCAUAAUUUCAUGCAUGCAUGGGAAUUAAUAAUAAAGUAUUAUGAAAUAAAAAAUGGUCAUAUGUACAACUCUAGUCCAGCUCAAAAAUUAUCUCAAAGCUUUAACUUAGAUCUUGUCAAUAGAAGGAAUGUUUCUCCAAAACAGAUUCUAUUAAUUACUAUUGGAAAUAUAAUUGCUACCCAUACACCUUACAAAAGAAGUCAUAACUCACAUUUUAAAGCAUUUAUUUGUGCAGCCUUAAACGCCAACAAAUUGGUUAUAUGGUUAAGGUACAUACUACAGUGUCAAUAUUUAUUGGAAAAUUAUUAUACAUCAUGGAGUUAUGUUGUGAAAACUGGAUUUCAAGAUGCCUUUCACACUCUUGAUCGGUUAUCAUCCGUUCGUUUUGAUCUUCCAGUUGACUUAGCCGUACAACAAUUUCAGAAUAUAAAAGAUGCUUUUUAAUAGUAUUUACUUAUAAUUAUUAAUAACUGUAUUAAUUAAUAGAGUGUUCUGUAUGUACAAUACGGAUGAAUUAUUUCAUAAAACUGAUUGUUGAUAUUUUUAAAGAGUUUAGCUGCAUACAUUAUUAGUUAUAUUAUUAUAUCCAGUGAUCUAAAAAAUAAAUAUUGCAAUUCAGAAUA